GCAUGCAAAUGCAAAUGAGUCCGCUGAAUGCCGUGAUAUGUGGGCGGAAUGAGUUGACUGCAUCUGUGAUCAGAAUCCUUCGAAGAAACAAAUAUGUGAAUAUAGUUGGGUAUUGGUGUGAUUCUGUCAAGUCCCAACUUCAUGCAGAUGUGGCUGGUAUCAAGGUGAUUGGUGGCACUUUCGAGGACUUGCUGUCCAAUAAGGAAAUACAUUUCCUGUUUCUCUGUGAUACUCCUCUCAAUCAACAGAGUUUUGUUUCGCGACUUUGCGAUCAGAUUAAAUGUUUCCAGAAUUCAAAUGUCAAGCAAGUGUCAGAUCUGCCUUAUGUGAUAGUUUUUCCUCCUUUUUCACCAAAUUAUGAUUUCGAGUUGCUUAAAUUAUUCCGAAAUAAAGUUGGUGUUGCAAUGCCCUUCAGAAGACUUCCCGUGUCGGCUUUAUUAUCUCGCCAUAUUAAUCGAAACAAACAGCUGAAGUUUUCAGAAACGUACGAGUCUGUCCAACUACCAGCACACUGGGAUUUGGGGAACCUGGAAAAAAUACACAUACGACUGUCAACAAUAAACCUUAUUGAAAACUGUGAGUACUCGUGGCUAUGUGAAUCAGGAAAUAUGGGUGGGGGAUUGUUGAACAUCUUUUGUAGUAGUCUUAUUGACCUUGUGUAUUCACUCACUGGUUUACAGUUGACUUCAGUUACAUGCGUCUGUCGAACGUACGGAGGGAGUCUGAGUGGUCGGGAACGGUCUUUGCAUCGGAUUUCAUCAGACGACUAUGUCAGUGUGUUGGGUGAACUUGAUGUGGCUUCAUUGACAGAAUCUCGUAAACCGAUAGUUGUCAUUGUCAUUUCAUCAGACAUUCCAUUCUCAGAAGAUGUUACAUGUAAACGUUCGGAAGUGUAUUCUUGUGAUAAUCACCGUUUCAAAUUGCAAGUGGAAAUAUGUGGAUCAGCUGGUUGUUUUGUGGCGGAUGAAAGCGAAAGGCAAAUAUCUUGGACAUCCCGAAAAUCUUGUUCACCAAAGGCUAAAUAUGUGUCUGAUGAGUAUUCCACUGUACGACCAAAGCACGAUUGUAAUGGUUUCUCACAUGAACGACCAGUACAACGAGUCAACGGUACAGAAUUGACUAAUGGGAGAGACCAUUUUGAAUCGUACUCUACUGGUGUGGUGGAGACACAAAGCAAUCACUUCCCUAGAACUCGGGCUAUCAGCAAGCCACCCUUCCAUAUUGAAAAAGUAAAUGAAAUAACGGAAGUUGCACGUCUACCUUUGAAUGUAAGUCGAUGUUAUUAUUAUUAUUGUCAAUGUGAAUGUAGUGACCUGUAUUCAUUUUGGAUAUAUUCAGUUAUGAACAAACCCAAAGCGUCUAUAUUAUGUUUUAUGACCCAUGUUUUAACUGUGAAACCUAAGAUAUUGUGGCAGCAAGGGAGUAAAUAAAAUUUGGUAAGGAUUAAUUUGAGCGAGUCCAGAACAAAAGCAAAUAAUGGUGUUAAAUUAUGUUAUAAAAAGUAUGUUUAGUAGGAGUACCAAUACAGUUGUGAUUGAUAUCAGUGUCUGGGGAAUUAUGCUAGUCAUCUUAGUCCAGAAAGUCAGAGGUUAUUAUACUUAUAUUUUUUUGGCCACAGGUCUUCUUGUUUUCACGGAUGAAUCCCAAAGUCAUUAGUAAACGACGACUGGUUGCCUGAAUACAUAAUACUCAGAUUCAGUUUAUGAGAGGAUUCAACAUAUAACCUGGAGUCAGGCGAGGGUGUACAGUAUUGUCAACUAUCUGUAAUCGGAGAAUCAUGGUCCAAUUGGUUCAGUAGUUUAACGACGAACCUCCCUUCAGUUGAAUCUUUAAUAGCACUCCCAUCCCAUUGGAGUUAUAUUCAGUCGGUUAUACAAGCACUGGAUAAAUCUGCCAGGUUAAGGUGCUGGAUUGAUGUACAAACCGGUGAACGUAUGUAGUGUAUAUGCAUCCAAGAGAUGAGCGAAGGAUGUACCCUCUGGACGCUAUGAUCUUGGAUAUGCAAAGUAUGGUGUAUUUAGUCAAAGACAAUGAAUCUCUGCAUUGUAAUGUGAUGGAAACACCUGUUGAUUUCUUCCUUGGCAAAUCUUGCAAAUCGAUAUUGUGAAAGUCAAUGAUUUUUGUACAGAUGAUCAGAUUCAAGCUCAAUGUUGGUACCAUUUACUUUCACUCACUAAGUGUGAUUCAACGUUGAUUAUACUAACUUUAUUGCACAAAACUUUUAACAUAUUUGACAAGAGUCGGAGAUGUAUUUUUAUAAAAUUUAAUUAACUAAAUAUGCCUAAUGCC